GUCAGUACAUUUAUUUAUCCGCCCAGACUGCUGGUUUCCUGCUGAGUCUCCACUCUGUUGCUGUAAACGCCGCUGCUCCGCCACACAACAGACCCCAAGUUCCAAAACCCGGCAAACAUCGACAUUUUGGGUGGAGUGCUGAACAGGCCAACAGACAUCAUGGUGAACAUCCCAGAAUACUAUGCAGGGAAAACUGUGCUGAUCACUGGAGCAACAGGCUUCAUGGGCAAGGUUCUGCUGGAGAAACUGCUGAGGUCCUGCCCAGAAGUCAAAAGUGUCUAUGUGAUGGUCCGGUCAAAAGCUGGUCAGAGCCCUCAGGCCCGCAUCGCCGACAUGAUCAACUGCAAGUUGUUUGAAAGACUGCAAGAUGAGCAACCAGGCUUUGCAGAGAAGAUCAUAGCAGUGAGCAGUGACCUCAUACAGCCACAGCUGGAUCUGAGUAAAGAGGAUCAGAGCGUCCUGGCUGACAACGUUAACAUUGUUUUCCACUGUGCCGCCACCAUCCGCUUUAAUGAGCCACUCAAAGAUGCAAUGCAGCUGAAUGUCCUGGCCACCCAGAAGAUGCUGGCACUGGCCCACAGGAUGAAGCACCUGGAGGUCUUCCUUCAUGUCUCCACAGCCUAUGCCAACUGUGACCGAGAGCUUAUUGAAGAAAUUGUAUACACUCCCCCCAUAGAUUACCGCAGACUCAUCGAUUCUCUGGACUGGAUGGAUGACGAGCUGGUGUCUGCUCUGACUCCCAAGCUGAUUGGGGAACGUCCCAACACCUACACCUUCACCAAAGCCUUGGCUGAGUAUAUGGUGCAGCAGGAGGCCGGGGACCUCAAUGUAGCCAUCGUCAGACCUUCCAUAGUUGGCGCCAGCUGGAAAGAGCCCUUCCCAGGUUGGAUUGAUAACUUCAAUGGACCUAGUGGAAUAUUCAUUGCCGCUGGUAAGGGGAUCCUGCGUACAAUGAGAGCGUCUAAUGAUGCUGUGGCUGACCUGGUGCCUGUGGACGUGGUCAUCAACGCCACGCUGGCUGCAGCAUGGUACUCUGGAUCCCAGACACUCAACAGGUCUAAAAAUCUCCUGGUUUACAACUGCACAACCGGUGGGAUCAACCCGUUUCGCUGGGGGGAAGUUGAGUACUGUAUAAACAUGACCUUCAAGACCAAUCCCUUAGAGCAGGCCUUCAGAAGGCCCAAUGUCAAUCUGCGCUCCAACCCCUUAACUAAUCAGUACUGGACCACUGUCAGCCACACGCUGCCAGCCCUGCUCUAUGACGGCUAUCUCAGGCUGACGGGCAGCAAGCCUCGGAUGAUGAAGACAAUCACACGCCUCCACAAAGCCAUGAUGGUGUUGGAGUAUUUCACUAGUCACUCCUGGGUUUGGAACAAUGACAACGUAGCCAUGCUGAUUGCCCAGCUGAGCCCAGAGGAUAAGAAGGUGUUCAAUUUUGAUGUGCGUCAGCUGCACUGGGCGGAGUACAUGGAGAGUUACUGUAUGGGCACAAAAAAAUAUGUCCUCAAUGAAGAGCUGUCGGGCCUGCCUGCUGCACGCAAACACCUCAACAAGCUGAGGAACAUCCGCUAUAGCUUCAACACCAUCCUGGUGGUGCUCAUUUGGCGCGUCUUCAUCGCCCGAUCCAGAUGGCCAGAAACAUCUGGUACUUUGUGGUGA